AUGGCGGCCUGCUUCCCUGAAGCUCCGUUGGAAAGGCUCGGAGACAAAGGACCCCAGGAGGGGAGCUGCUCCUUAGAGCCGAUCCCCGUGGAAGGCGAGCCGGCAGGACCGACGCCCCCGCGCCCCUAUCCCCUCGCCGUCCUCUGCCCUGCAGUGCGCUCUCCAUUCGUCCUCUUCCACUGGGAAAGACCGCCAUCCCCCGGGCGGCCGCCCUUGAGCGCCCGGGCCCGCUCGCGCCCCCCUCCCUCCCCCCACUCCCCUCCCCUCCCUCCCCCACGGCACCCGGAUUUAGGGCUCCGGAGGAGCCGGAGCGAGGCGAGCCGUUGCCUAGACACGGCUCGGGGUCUGGCCGCCUCCUUCCGGCCUAGGCUCCGCCCUGGGCGUGGCCGUGCGGGGCGCUGCUGCCUUUGUCCUGCUGCGGCCACCGGCCAGCUCCGCCUGCCCGCGCUGCUGAGCGGCCGCAGUGCCGUCCCGGCCUCGGCGCCCUCCGCAGGCCUCUCGUCGCCGGGGUCGGCCCGCGGAGCGGCGCCUGCCUCGCAGUCGCCGCCGCCGGCCAGACCUGGCGCUGCCUGCUUCGCUGACGAGCAGCUGGCGUGGCUGGGCGCGCUCCGGUGCAGAGGCGAGGAGGAUCCCCAAAGGCAGGCAGGCGCCUCGUCGGGGAUCCGGGGCAGGGGGCGGCUCCGGGCGCGAGGGGGCGGUGUCGGGCCGGCUGUCGCGUGGACGCGGGCUGGGGCCGGGCGGCGGCCGGCGGGCUGCGACACGGGCGUGCGCGUGCACAACAGCCUCACGGGCCGCAAGGAGCCGCUGGUGGUGGCGCGCGCCGACGCCGUGUUCUGGUACAGCUGCGGUCCCACCGUGUACGACCACGCACAUCUCGGCCACGCCUGUUCCUACGUGAGAUUUGACGUCAUCCGGAGGCUCCUGACCAAGGUCUUUGGAUGCAGUGUUGUCAUGGUGAUGGGCAUCACGGACGUGGACGAUAAGAUCAUCAGGAGAGCCAGCGAGAUGGAUGUGUCACCUGUCACCCUGGCCAGGCUGUAUGAGGAGGAUUUCAAGCAGGACAUGGCGGCCCUGAAGGUGCUCCCGCCCACUGUGUCCCUGAGAGUGACGGAGACCAUUCCGCAGAUCAUUGCCUUCAUCCAGGGCAUCAUGGGACAUGGGCACGCGUAUGCCACCGAGAGAGGGAACGUCUACUUUGAGCUGAGGUCCAGGGGAGACAAGUAUGGCAAACUAAGUGGCAUGGUGCCCUGUCCGGCCACAGAGGCAGUGGACUCGGACAAGCGGUACGCAGGCGACUUUGCAUUGUGGAAGGCGGCCAGGCCCGGGGAGGUGUCCUGGGCCUCACCCUGGGGCCACGGCAGGCCUGGCUGGCACAUCGAGUGCUCCACCAUCGCCAGCGCUGUGUUUGGGAGCCACCUGGACGUGCACUCGGGCGGCGUGGACCUUGCCUUCCCGCACCAUGAGAACGAGAUUGCGCAGUGUGAGGCCUUUCACCAGUGUGCGCAGUGGGGCAACUACUUCCUGCACUCAGGGCACCUGCACGUCAAGGGCCAGGGGCAGAAGAUGUCCAAGUCCCUGAAGAACUAUGUCACUAUCAAGGACUUCCUGCAGAGCUUCUCGCCUGAUGUCUUCCGGCUCUUCUGCCUGCGCAGCAGCUACCGCUCAGCCAUCGACUACAGCGACAGCACCAUGCUAGAAGCCAGUCACGUCCUGCGCGGCCUGGCCUCCUUUGUGGAGGAUGCAAGGGCCUACAUACGAGGACAGCUGGCCGGUGGCCCGGUCAGCGAAGCUGAGCUGUGGGACAGGCUCAGCCGCACCCAGGCCACUGUGCAGGCCGCACUGGCAGAUGACUUCGACACGCUGAGGGCGGUGGAUGCCAUCCUGGACCUUGUGCGCCUGGGGAACAGGCAGCUCCGGGUGGCUUCUGAGGGCCUGGGGGGUCCGAGGAGCCCCGCUGUGCUGGGUGCCACUGUCGCCUAUGUGGAGCAGUUCUUCGAGACUGUGGGGAUCUCUCUGGCCAGUCAGCAGUGUCACGCACAGUGUGUUGCAGGAGACAGCAGCACAGCCACCCUGCACAGCGUAGUCGACGAGCUGGUGCGCUUCCGGCUAAAGGUGCGGCAGUUUGCACUGGACACACAGGCAGCCACUGGGGAUGCCCGGCGACAGCAGCUGCAGGAGAGGCAACCCUUGCUGGACGCAUGUGACACGCUUCGCCAGGACCUUGCUGCCCACGGUAUCAGCAUUAAGGACAGAAGCAGUGUGGCCUCCACCUGGGAGCUGCUGGACCCACGGACAGCACAGCAGAAGCCGGGAGGCUGAGGACCGCAGGCCGCAGCUCUGCUCCUCCCCAAGGACUUCAUGUUUUCAACUGUGACUCUUUAGCCACAUUAAAAUAAAGCGACCAUGGGGGCCUGCCCCUUAGUUC